CGAAGGCCUAUCGCCUCAUCCAAUUCCCGAGCUGCAAACAAGGGGGGGAGGCAACUUCCGCUUCUUCCAGCGCCGAGACUGAAAGGAGACGGAAGCCGCCGUAGCAGCCCGUGCAAAGGGGGGGAACAAGCCAGGGGGCAGUUGGGAGCAGAUUUGAAUUCUACUGGGCUUCGAAUCCGCGAGACCGCUUCUCUCCUUCCCCCCCCGCCCUCGUCUUCUAACGGCCUUCUCCCGUAACGUCGCUAUGACGUACCCAGGGUUCGGAGCGUACGGUGCAUACCGUGGUCAGGUGCCAAUGCAAAUGGCAAUGGGCCAGCCAGUCCCUGGAGGAGUGCCAAGUGUGGCCCAUGGUGGAUCUUCUGGAUAUUCUGUUUAUGCUGGUGCCUAUGCAGCGGCGGCGGCGGCGGCUGCUGAUCCUUUGUGGACAUUCUUCAGUGCCAUUGCUGGACAAGAUGGUGAAGUGGAUGCUGAGGAGCUACAGAGAUGUCUUACACAGUCGGGAAUCAAUGGAACUUAUUCUCCAUUCAGCCUGGAGACAUGCAGAAUUAUGAUAUCAAUGUUAGAUAGAGAUAAUACUGGGAAAAUGGGAUACAAUGAAUUUAAGGAACUCUGGGCAGCACUCAGUGCUUGGAAACAAAACUUCAUGAUGAUAGAUCAAGAUAGAAGUGGAACAGUGGAACUUCAUGAACUGACUCAAGUCAUUGUUGCUAUGGGCUAUAGGUUAAGCCCACAGACCUUAAUCGCCAUAGUAAAACGUUACAGCAAGAAUGGCAGAAUUUUUUUUGAUGACUAUGUGGCUUGCUGUGUAAAGCUUCGGGCUUUAACAGACUUUUUCAGGAGAAGAGACAGCAUGCAACAGGGCAUUGUUAAUCUUGUCUAUGAUGAUUUCUUGCAGUGCACCAUGGCUAUCUGAGUGCCAAUUGUGGGGGGAAAAUCUUCCACGUAUAAUUUCAACUGCUUUGAGAAAACUAACUGAAAAUUCUGUGAAGGGAAGGCUGCCAUUGAUUUUCCACACUUCUGCCUGCUAAUGCAUCAUUUCUGUAUAAAUAUCCUUGACUUUUAGUGUGUAGUUUGACAAUAAACAAAUGUUCACAUUUUACAGGAAUCCUUAGAAGUGUGCCAUUCUUUACACAUAUGGAUGGUAGACUUUUUCUAUUUUGAGGUUACACUCUCAGGAUUGUUAAAAGGGAACAAUCACAUUUCAUGUAAUGGUUAUAAACAGGGUUCAGUCUAUCUUUAAAGUGGUCUGGUCUAGUACCUGUUUGCUUAAACUGCAAUAAAGACUGGCCACAGUGGUCAUUCUGUGGUUCUGCAGCAUCAGCUAUUUCAUGUGCUCCACGCCUGUGAAAGACUAAAUGGGGUGUUGGGGAAGGAAUAAUUCAGUAGCUGUCUCAAGUAUGUACUUAAAACAAGCCUUUGGCUAUCUCUUCUUCUGAAUGUUCAGUAGAUUUAUUUGAUGUAGACUGGUAAAUAUAUUGAUAGUGAAAAUUAUAUUUAAUGGUAGUUGAACACAUUUUGCUGUUCUUAUCCUCCUGAUGAAUUUUAUCCUCGGAGGAAUUUGAGCAGCCAUUUUCCCCAGAGCUUAAAUGUUUCAGAUUCCUCUACUGACUGAGCAAAAUAAUAAAAAAGCACCUAAUUAUGUCUUUAUUGUUCUCACCUAAAAUUCCAGCAGCAAUUGGAUGAAUCAGUAAAAUCCCUGUCUUGUUUGAUUAUAAUGGGCUGCUCCCUCUGCCCAUUUUCUGUACCAAAAGAGAGAACCAUGGGCUGCAGAGAAGCUGUUGAUAGGAUGCUGAUUUCAACUAGACUGGCUUAAUCAAAUGCUCCCCUUCCCCGAGUGAACUUUUUUCCAAGUGUAGUGUGCAAACUGGACCAUGGUACUUCCCUUUAAAAAUCAAAAACAACUGACAAACAUUCUUGCCCUCAUCUUUAAUCUCUUCAUGAUUGCUGUUUUUUAGAAAAACUUCAAUUUAGUAUAGCAGGUGAAAGAUACUGGAUGAACAACAUUCAGUCCUUUAGGUGCUACAUUUUUCUGCUUUGAAUACUGCUAUGCUUUGUAGAUCUUCUUUGUUAACUGACCUGUUAACAUCUCUGUUUCUGCAUAAGGCAUUUCAGUAUACUAAGUUAAUCCACAAAUGGCUCACCAGUUUCUGGUAAAAAGAGCACAGUUGGAUGGCCUGACACAGUUGAUACUGUGAUUAGGUCCAUAUGUUGAUAUUUCUUGACAAAUUUAAUGGCAUGAUUUAAAGCUGCAAUCUUUGGCUUAAUAGGAAGGAAAGGAUGCAUGGUUCAGCUGCCAAGUUAAAAAUCACAGUCCAUCUUAAAAAUAAUGUAGAGUCAAUUUGCCUGACUAAUGUAGUAAAACUUUCUUAUGCUAAGGAAGAUGGUUGUUAUAAUGGAAUCACUAAGGUGCAUAUAAUGCUUUAGUUAUUUAUGUCUUGCUGCAUUCAUAUACUUUUACUGGUCCAUUGGGUUCUAAAAACAUUGUUUGCAUUAUCUCAAUUCCUGUAACUUGUUUUAGCCAUUUCAGUUCAAAGAUCUGAAAUCACUUGCACUAUUCCAUCUGCGUAUUUUGGUGUUCACAACUGUCAUAUUAUAGCUGUAGAUUAUCUGCUAACUGCUAUAGAGAUUUUCAGACUUUAUGAAAUAACUGGAUAUUGUUCUAACUGUACAAGUGCUCUUGUAGUAACUAUUUUCAGUGCCAUCUGAGACAAUUGUUUGGAAAUAAAACAUGGCGCUUGCUUUGUAUUCA